ACCGCCACCCCCAGGAACCCCGUCCUCGGCAGCGCUGCCGGGGUGUCUCGGAGGCGAAGAGGGUCACUUCGGGCGAGCCGGGUCUGGGUCUGAGAAGUUGGGGCGCGCUCCGCGUGCGGCGGCUCGGGACCGUGCCAAGGCGCCCCGGGAUCCCCGCCACCGGCUUGGAGCCGCGCCCGCGGCGCUGUCCCCCGUCUCGCCCUCCCCCGGCGACGCACUGACCCCAGGGGACUGUCGCUCUCCCAGGCGACUGCCCGGCGGUUUCUGGGGCGGACGGCGACAGGGGACGCCCGCUGGCUGGCCACUCCCCGCCCCUCCCGGAGGAGCUGUGCGCUCCGGCGGUGCUCGAGCCCCGGCAGCCGCAGGUGCCCCGCCCCGGGCCAAGCCCCGCGCAGCCCCGCGCCCACCUCCGCCCGCAGCCGCCAGCAGCAGCCGCGCCCAGACUGGUAGGCGCCUUUUCCUUGCUCUCUCCUCGGCUCUGGGAGUCCUUCUGCUGACCCCGGUGGUGGGGGAAGCCCCAGUCCGAUCUUCUUGAAGGCGAGAAGAGAGAGAACCAAGAUCUAGGUAUCGAGCUAAGGCUUCCAGAUCUCUUUUGAGUGAAGAUGAAUGUUUCUGCCUGGAGAGUUUAACUGGAGGAUCUGGGUCUGGGUCGACUUGACCAUGGGAGCCAACACCUCAAGCAAACCACCAGUGUUUGAUGAAAAUGAGGAUGUCAACUUUGACCACUUCGAAAUUUUGCGAGCCAUCGGGAAAGGCAGUUUUGGGAAGGUGUGCAUUGUGCAGAAGAAUGACACAAAGAAGAUGUACGCGAUGAAGUACAUGAACAAACAAAAGUGUGUGGAGCGCAACGAAGUGACAAAUGUCUUCAAGGAACUCCAGAUCAUGCAGGGUCUGGAGCACCCUUUCCUGGUUAAUUUGUGGUACUCCUUCCAGGACGAGGAGGAUAUGUUCAUGGUAGUGGACCUCCUGCUGGGUGGGGACCUGCGUUACCACCUGCAGCAGAAUGUUCGCUUCCAGGAGGACACCGUGAAGCUCUUCAUCUGUGAGCUGGCCAUGGCCUUGGACUACUUGCAGAGCCAGCGUAUCAUCCACAGGGAUAUGAAGCCUGACAAUAUUUUGCUGGAUGAACAUGGGCACGUGCACAUCACGGACUUCAACAUCGCCGCGAUGCUGCCCGGGGAGAUGCGGCUCACCACGGUGGCGGGCACCAAGCCUUACAUGGCGCCUGAGAUGUUCAACUCCAGAAGAGAAGCGGGCUAUUCCUUUGCUGUGGACUGGUGGUCCUUGGGAGUGACGGCCUAUGAGCUCUUAAGAGGCCGGAGACCAUACCAUAUUCGCUCCAGUACCUCCAGCAAGGAGAUCGCACACAUGUUUGAGACCGCUAUUGUGACUUACCCCUCUGCCUGGUCACAGGAAAUGGUGUCACUACUUAAGAAGCUGCUUGAGCCUAAUCCAGACCAACGGUUUUCUCACUUGUCUGACGUCCAGAACUUCCCAUAUAUGAAUGACAUGAACUGGGAUGCAGUUUUGCAGAAGAGACUCAUUCCGGGUUUUAUUCCUAACAAAGGCAGGCUGAAUUGCGACCCCACCUUCGAACUGGAAGAAAUGAUUCUGGAGUCCAAACCUCUUCACAAGAAAAAGAAGCGUCUGGCAAAGAAGGAGAAGGAGAUGAGGAAGUGUGAUUCCUCUCAGAUGUGCCUUCUUCAAGAGCAUCUGGAGUCUGUCCAGAAGGAGUUCAUCAUUUUCAACAGAGAAAAAGUAAAAAGGGACUUUAAUAAAAGGCCGGCUAGUCUAGCCUUGGAACAAACCAAAGACCCACAAGAAGAGAACGGCCCGAAUAAGGCAUGAAGUCCUCCACAUCUGCUUGGGACACUUCCUGCCACCUCAGGCCAGGAACUUCCUGCCAACGCAGGCAGGGAAUUGCUGACAGUAGUUCUCACCUCUCCACACCUCACACACCUUAGAAAAAUGUGUACGAAAGCCUUUGGGAGGAGGCAGCGUGACAGACACGGAGAGUCCCGGGUCUCCUGGGACGGAGUUUCACCACUCGUUAACUGUGUGGCCUUGAGCGAGCCACUUCCCCAGUCUCUGCAUCGGGUCAUUCAUCUACGAUGAGAGGGUCACACUAGAGAAGCUCUGCUUUCCCUUUCUAUUGGUACCAUUCUGUUACUCCACACAGCCUUUAUUUUAAAAGGAAUAUUUAGAUGUAGAUUUAUUUUUCCACUCAUUCUAACUACCCUGUGACAAAUGGGCAAAUGGACACUGACGUGGGCGAUGACUGCGUGAGGCUCUUCAGAGCUAGCAAAUCUCAGAAAGAGGUCAGAAUUCCCCCAUCUGAUUGAAGAGGGCGCAGGAAUUGAACCAGGAAGCAAUGAAUGGGAGCGGAUUCGAAGUAACCAGAUUUCUGAGGCUUUCCAGUGGCGUUCGGAGUCAGCACACCCUAUCAGCUCGCGUCCGCCAGCAAGAGCCUAGUGAGCACGUCGCUCCCAUCCCCCAGACAGUGAUGGGAAGCUGGGCAGCUGAAACUGGUGAUGAUUGGUAAAUACUGGCAAUAUUUACACCAUGGAAAUGGGCAAAUGCUUCAAAUCUGGGCUUUUCUUCCCCAGACAAGCCAGCUGUGAAGGAGUUAUUAGAAUACUGCUCACCUUCUUCUAAUAAGUAUGCUCCUUGAGAGGGAAUUGCUCUCUUAUCAGAGACCUGUGUCUGGGGAGGACCGGAAAAUACUGUCACAUCGGGACCAUGUCUACCAUGUAGUCCAGUCAAGCUCUCCCUUACGGUACAAGGGUUAUAGUCUGAGUAGAAUGGAAGCGAAUUUGGAAGAGGGUAAAAUUUACACUUGGAAACUCCCUUAAAUUACACACACUAUGGUAGGUAUCUUCUCAGCAAAGCCCCAGUGCAGUGAGCCACCUCUCAGUAAUGAAACAAAUCACCAUUUGGGGGUUUGAUUUUGUCUUUUAUUUUUGGUCUCAUUUUUGGCCAGUAUCAGGUGAACCAAAAUGUGGAACCGAUUAUACAUUCCUUUAUAGACUGGAAUAACAGAACUACGAGAUGCUGCUCGGAUCACCGAAACCUUGUCCUUACCGACAGUAAGGCCUUGCCAAGAUGGCAGUAAGCAGGCAACAGGGAAGCCCAGACAGAGAAAACAGGCAGAAGGAACAGAUCCCACACCUGCCACACCAGACCUCCAAGGAGGCAAGCAGCACUCAGGCAAUUAAACGUGGGUAGGAAGCCAAUGCUGGAUUUUAACUUGACCUCCAGGAUUUUCUCCUGAGUUAACAGGCCCAGAAUUUCUGGCAGAGCUGUGAACAGUGCCUCUCUGCUGUGAGAGCAACCAUAUUUUUGUUAAGAAUUAAAACCAGCUCUUUCCUUCUGUUUCUUUUUUUUUUUAUGGUUCCCACAUAUUAUUUGCCUGAGCUAUUUUGCUUUUCUCCAAACACUAUAAACUACGCACUGGCCCUGACUCCAUCUCUGAUUAUAUAUGAAAAGAGCAAGGGGAAGAAGGUGACCCAGUUCUGUUCCAGGCUGGUAACCCCAGGAGUGUCAGAGGCCACUGGCAUGUUUCCAACUUGCAUCUUUCAUGCGUUUUGACUCAAGUCCUGAUGCGCUGUAGUCCCCUGGUGCCUCCUCUUGCUGUGACCUUGUGUGUGUCAUUGCAGGGAAAGACUUCGAGAAACACUUGCUGCAUGGCAGUGGGAUCAGAGGCUCUCCGUGGGGAAGGGAGCCAGCUCUCUGCGCCAUUUCACAUCUGUACAGUGUAUAAUAGGAUAGGAACCCCGUACUAUGUCUGUAGUCUGAACCCCUAGUUUUUAUUUCCAGUGAGUUGCUGCUGUGCCCGAGGCACCUCUGUGGCCAGUCAGGAACCGUGGACACAUCAACUAGAGAGCACAGCCUCCAAGCGUUAAGAUGGGUUUUCAGUCCUAAGCAGGUUACAGACCCACCACGUGUUUCCAGUUAGAAAUGAAAAAGCAUUGCAUCUAGAGUGCAGAACAACUGAUUAUAAGCAUCUCCCACCACCACACAUUGGAAACAUCAGGACAAGUUUUCCAAAAACCAGAAGGAUGCCUAAACCUGCACCAUGAUUGCUAGAUGAUGGUAUCAGAUUCUUUGGCUUUAUUCUGUAACUUGGGCCAAAAGUUACUAUCUAACCGGCUGGAACAUGUCUCAUCAAUUAGAUUUGUGACAACCAAGGCUCAGGGCUCAGAAUUUUAGAAAACAAGCCGAGUAUUGCAGCCCUUUGUCUGGAAUUCCUACAAUGUUCUUCUGUUUACUCCCUUACCUGUGUGGAGCAUCUGAGAAGUCCAAGCAAGACCAGAAGCAUCCUGGUUUUGUCACUCUUACACGCAAGCAGGGCCACCCACCCCCUUGCAUUCAGUGACCCCUAGUGGGUGGGUGGGCACCCAAGCCCUGCAACCCUGCCCACGCCCCGAACUUCGUGGAAGUCCAUACUCUGCUAAUGGCUAACACAUCUCGAGGGCAGCACUGGUUUGGGCUGGGGUCAUGGCCGGGGCAGCCGUGAAUGUCCAGCAGCACAAAGCACUGCUAAAUGAAUUACAGUCACUAAUUAGUAGUGAAGCAUCUUGGCAUAGGAACGUUUUAACCGGAAAUGACUAGGCUGUAGAUCAGCAUAGCUUCGCUAGAUUGGAUGGGCAGGUACAUAGCUCGGGAGAAAGGAUGCUAAACGAGCUAGCAGGACACAGUGUCACUGCUUUCGAUGAUGCAGUCAUGCUAAGGCUUUCAUUCUCCAGCCGACCGAGGAGGCGUGCAACACAUCGUGUUUGUUUCAGCAGCCAGGCGUGCUUGCGUUGUCUACACAACAUCCUGUUUCCUCCUGUCUGCCUGUGAUUGCUUUCUUACAGGCUCAGUGUGUCUGAUGUUAGUCAUGAAGUUCAAAAUCCAAAUUUCAGUGAUCUGCGCUGUUGUGAACAGGCAGCCACUGGGUGGGAAACACGUGCUUCUGUUGAUAUGAUGUAAAUGUGCCCUGGUGUAUUAAAAUGUCUUCUGU